AUGGCAUCGGACGAUCCCCCGUUAGAUCCGAACAAGAAUAAUGAGGAUCCAAUUGGCCAUUUUCCGAUCGACUCCGUCGAAGAUUUUGAUGAUGGCAACCUCCACGAUACCAGUACGACUGCUGCUUCCUCUGGGCAGAAGCGACCUGGGUUUCCCGGAGAUGACGAAGACGAAGGAGGCCACAGCAGCCCAUCCAAGAAAGUCAAGUCCGAUGGCUACCAAGGGCAUGACGACAACACGGACCACCCCUCCACUCCAGGUGGGAAGGAGAAUGGGGAUGUCCAUGAACACCAGCCUCAUGCAAUUCAUCCUCAUCCACUUCAUCAUGACCAACCACCACCACCCAAUCACAUGACGGAUGAUAAUACGGAUGAUAAUGCCAAGCAACCAGACGCACCACAGCAUCAUCAGGGAGCCCCAAUGGCACCAGGUUCUUCCUCUGAGCAAGCUCCUGCUACCCCCAAUAAUCAACCCAUUGGCAGCAAUGUGGCAGAGCAGCAGCAGCAACAUCACCCACAGCAACAACAGCACCAUCAGCAGCCACAAGAACAUCAACAAUACCCUCCUCAGAUGCAGCAACAACCGCACCAAGGAGGUUACUAUCCUUCCAUGUAUGGACAGUAUCCUGGCAUGAUGCAACCCUAUCCUCCAUACUCCUAUCCCCCGCCAUAUCCAGGCCCACCAGCGCCACCCAUGAUGCCUCCGGGACAACCACCGCCACCACCACAGGCGGCCGCUACACCACCCCAACAGGGGCCUCAUUCGCCCAGUAGUGCCACCACGGACAACAGCAGCAACAGAAUGUAG